UAAUUGUAAGGAUUUAGUAAAGUGUCUUUAUUUGGAUGGGGUUCAUAAUAGAACAUACACUCUCUAAAGUGAACAUUGCUGCUUGUCUUUGUUCGUUUUGACAUUUGCAUUUUUGUCUUUUUGUUUGGGUAGCCUGAUGGCGCAGUGAUUAGUGUUACUGGUGCUUCACAAUUCCAGGAAGCUUUGCUCAGGUGUCGGUCACUGACAUGACGAGUGGCUUUGUCACAGUAAAGUGACACUCAGUUUGGGAGUUUCCAGCUCUACUGCUGUUUCCAGGAUAGUCUAAAGCACCCCAUGAAUCGGCCACUUUGGCUCAUAAAUGAGUGGCAGGAUAGGACGUUGUCUUUGAUUGUGACUUGCGUGUAAAUAUUUAGUUUGGCCGAGCUGUGGGUGUGGAGAGACUGCCUCAGUAAUGUUGUGGGCAGCGUAUCUAGUGCUGGCUAGCGGUGACCCGAUUGGGCUAAUCAUGGGAUGAACUCUGACCCCUUGAGAUGCCACAACGGCUCGGAUUCAAAGUGAGGUUGUAAUCACCCGGGUGUGCUGACUCGACUUUCCUUCGACGGCUCUGGACCUUUAGGUUGGCCAUGUGAUAGUCGUAGGUCUCGCCCUGGUGCUGUGGAGUAGCCAAGCCUGUGGCUCUGUCAGGUUUUACGUGGAUGACACAAGUUGACAAAUGGGCAGGGGCGAGAUGCUGCUGAAUUGUGAGCUACAUGUGUGCCAGGCGUAGGUACCUGAUUCAUGAAGAACUGGCUUAAAAAGAAACUUUUUUUUUUUUUAAGUGGUCACUCUUUCCUCGUAAUUUUAAAGUCCGAGUCAGAACGUUCACAUAAAUAUUGGCUCUGCAUCUCCCAGAAGUCAGCAGAAAGCUACCAAACAGCGUGAUGGAAAUGUCAGGAGUGUGUGGAUUAGAAGUAGCCGCACGGGGUCUGCUGGUGAGCAGUACAACCUCCGAGGCUGUCGGUCCAUCCUGCAUGACAGAAGGAGGAGAUGCUCUUGAGCAGAAAUCGGCUGGAAGUUCAGAAGAGUCCAGAGGGGAGACGCCAGGCAGGGAAGACUCGAGAAUUGAUCCUCCUGAUGGACAACAAGAUCCCGAUUCGGACAAAGGCAAAGAGAAGAAAGGAUUAGGAAAAGAGGUCCUGUUACUAAUGCAGGCCCUAAAUACACUGGCAACCCCAGAAGAGAAGCUGGCAGCUCUGUGUAAGAAAUACGCUGAUCUUCUGGAGGAAAGUCGCAGUGUUCAAAAGCAAAUGAAGGUUCUUCAGAAAAAGCAGGCACAGAUCGUGAAGGAGAAAGUACACCUUCAGAGUGAGCACAGUAAGGCCAUCCUGGCCCGUAGUAAAUUGGAGAGUCUCUGCCGUGAGCUACAGCGUCACAACAAAACCCUAAAGGAAGAGAAUAUGCAGCGGGCUCGUGAGGAUGAAGAAAGACGCAAGGAGGCAACUGCUCAUUUCCAAAUGACACUGAAUGAAAUUCAAGCGCAGAUGGAACAGCAUAACAUUCACAACACCAAGCUGCGCCAAGAGAACAUUGAACUGGCCGAGAAGUUGAAGAAACUGAUCGAGCAAUACGAGCUUCGAGAAGAACACAUUGACAAGGUGUUUAAACACAAGGAGCUGCAGCAGCAGUUGGUUGACGCCAAACUACAGAGAACUGCAGAGCUAAUGAAGGAGGCAGAAGAGAAACAUCAGAGGGAGCGAGAUUUUCUUUUGAAAGAGGCUACUGAAUCAAGACACAAAUGUGAACUGAUGAAGGAGCAGGAGUCUCAGCUGAAGCAGCAGCUAUCCCUAUAUAUGGAUAAGUUUGAAGAGUUCCAGACAACAUUGGCAAAAAGCAAUGAAGUUUUCACCACCUUCAGGCAAGAAAUGGAAAAGAUGACUAAAAAAAUCAAGAAACUUGAAAAAGAGACAACUGUCUGGCGCACAAAAUGGGAAAAUAACAACAAAGCUCUCUUGCAAAUGGCAGAAGAGAAAACGGUGCGGGACAAGAAUCACAAAGCCCUUCAGGUCAAGCUGGAGCGCCUGGAGAAGCUGUGCCGCGCGUUACAGAGGGAGCGCAACGACCUCAACAAGAAGGUGGAGGUUUUACAGGGCCAGCUGUCCACCGAGGAGACGACGGGAGCCGCCGACCACGCGGGCGAAACCUCGAGCUCGGAGCACACCGCCGACGAGGCCGUCGACUCGGCCGGCGAGGACGUAGGAAUACAACCCGAAACGGGCAUGGUGGGCAUCCCCGGGAGCGACGGCCUAGUCCCGUUGGUUCAUCCUGUGAACUGAGCGACGGCGCUGCGGAUUUCGUCUGUUUUUGUGUUCAAUGAUCAUUUGCUCACUUCCUGGUAAUUCUUGGCUUUGUGGUGAGGAUUUUGUACUUUUGUUGUUUUUCUUUGCCACCUCUGUUUGUUUGUUUUUGUUUUUUCGUUAGAAGUAUUGAAUUUCAUGUCGUUCACGAUGGCUGUGCCAGGCCCCCCAAAGACACACCUCACCACUCUUGUGCCCACCUCCCUCACUCAAAAUCCAAAUUCCAAUUCUGGGAGCAUCCGAACGACGUGUGCCAACAUGAGGGACAAACGGAGCGCAGAGGCGAUGAGCUGCCGGGUGGGCCUCUCGGUCAGUCGAGCCACACGCCCAGGACUGGUGACAUUCAGCCACCGUGUCGUCACGUCUUGUCGUAAGCAGCCGCACAUCUUAAACUCUGACGUCUCCGCCCUCGGAGUCUUACCCACCUGGUGGGCUGUGCGUGUGUCUGUCUGCUCGUACCCGCACUGGCACACACACACACACAUACACACUCGCACUGGCACACACACACUGGCUCCAUUCCCUCGCUCACCUGCCAUUCUUCAGCCAUGUCGUCCAGCAGAUUGUAUGUAUGGUGCCAUCGAGCCAGGCAUAGACAGACUGGCAUGGCCUUUGCCGCCUUUUUGUUUUGCACCUCCAUUCAGUUGUCAUUGGCUCCUUCAGCUCUCGGUCAUGGGGGUCCCGACAGCCCGCGUGGCUUUGUUGUUGUCAGCCUUUCACUGCUGUUUUCUGUUCAAUGCCAUUAAAAUGUUCCCCUUGCAGGGCGGGCAUCUUUGAAUCCUUAAGGUACACCAAUAGACGCCAGUGUCGAUGCCAUGAGAUCUCCCAGUAGAUGCCGGUGGGUGAAGAUUGGCACCCCUGGGCCAGCUGUGGUCUUGUGACCCCAGUGAUAUCCUGAAUGUAUGGCGUUCUUCGCCUCCUUGGACUGUGACUCCUGCUGCAUGUGAAUAUACACGCGGACUCGGACCCCCAUUACCCCCCCCACCCCCCCACUAGGCAUCAUGGUGCCAAGGGUAACACACCACGUGCAUCAGGAGGCACCACCGAUGAGCCCCACUGGGUUUGGACGGGCAUCACUUGGCACCCCUUGCGCUUUGAUUCUCAGGAUAUGCAAGUUAUCUACCUCUACGGGGCCGCGCACGAGCGACGAGGCAGAGCUCCACUCCCACCCGGCCCGCAGCAUUGGGGUUCUUCAUGUUAGUUUUAUUUUUACAGAAGCCCACCUUGUGUUUAUAUUAAAAAAAAAAAUAAAAUAAAAAAAAAACACAAAACAGACCAAAACCACCCACCCACCCACCCGACUGUAGGAUGUCCUCGUCGUCAUCGCUCGUCGUUCUGCUUUUCGAUGAACCAUUUUGUAGGUUUUCUUUUUUCCACUAAUGAGCAUCAGAAACUUUGUCUACUUUUAAUCUGUAAAUGAGGAAGAUGACAAAUAUAAACAUGUUGAAUAAUU